AACAAGAGCAAAAGAUAAAGCCGGUACGUCGGUCAGUAAUGACCCCCUGAUUCACAUUUUUAAACCACAACACGCUGACUGUGAGGAACCAUAAUGGCAUAAUGUGCAAGCUGAGCACUUUAAGUCAUGAUAAAGAUACUCUGAUCUGUCAUUUUCUGUCCCUUGUGUGCCUGUUACCUUCUCAUCACUAAGGAUUUAAUUACUGCUCCAGCCAAAGAGACACCUCAUGAGGGACCAGGUGGAGGAGAGGAGAGGAAUCAGGUGUGGCAGAACAGAAAGAUAGCUCUGGAAUAUCAAAGGUUUGGCCUGAAGACACAGAGCCGAGAGGUGAUCUGCCCUGACAUGAUAAGAUUUGUAAAUCUGUGUGUGAGGGAAAGCACCAAGCAGGUUUUAAGGAGGAUUCAGAGAUUGCUAAUUACAACGCUCCACUGCAGAUCUUCCCAGCUUUUGUGAAAAAAAAAGCAAAAAGCAAAAAUAAAAUCAUCCAAAUCUUUCCCUAAAGUUCAGCUCUGUCAAGUCCUCAUGCUGGGGGAUGUUGUCCCAGGGUCUCAGCAGGGAGAAUCAGCAGCAGCUCUCUGCCCCACCACUGGCCCUGGGGAGGCCAUGGAUUUGGAAUGUCCAAUCUGCUACCAGGAGUAUAACCAGUAUAACAAAAGCCCCCGCAUGCUUGAGUGCCUCCACGUCUUCUGCACAGAAUGCCUGCAGAGGAUCCAGCUCAACUCCUGUGACCCCACUGACCCUGGCGGCAGCGCACAAGCCAUCCCCUGUCCCCUAUGCCGCCAUUUAACCCCUCUCCAUACCGGAAAUGCCCUUGCUUUACCCUGCAAUUCUCAAAUCAUGUCCAGGCUGCCCCGGGUGGCCUUCCGGAUGCCUGCAACAGUUGCCACCCACGUGGCCACAGUUACACAGCGGGUAAUGCUCUCGUUGGAGGGCGGCAACAGCAACAGCAACAGCAGUGAUAGCCGCUAUAUCAUCAUGCCCACAGUCAGCCUGCAGGUCCAGCAGAUGCAUCCAGACAGGCCGUAUGGAACGGCUCCUGGCCUGGUGGGCGAGGAGGGGGUUAUUCAACAGAGCAGAAGGACCCUGAUGUGUGUGCAGCUCCUGGCCGUCAUCUUUUGGGUGCUGUUUGUGAUCACCUGUGUAGUCGGCGUGGUGUUUGGCCCACAUUUCUUUAACAGGCAUUUCUAACCGGUUACUUCAAUAACAGAUACUCAUAAAGACUAAUUUAAAGUUGUUUCUAUUUAGACUGUGAGAAACUGAAAUUAGUGACAGAUGUCCUAAGAGUAGAUGAUUGCUGUUCUUGCUACGUUCUUUUUACAUGGAGGAAGAGCUCCCUCUAGUGUGUUGUUUGUAUAGUCGCCCACUUUAUUGGAUUCACAAGGUGCCAGAAACAUUCCUUAGAAAUCUUGCUACACAUGAUAUUAUCCAAAAGUUGCUACAAACCUGUUUGUUGCACGUCCAUCCAUCAAUCCAUUUUCCGUCGCGCUUAUCCCAAGCGGGGUCAAGAGGGGUGCUGGUGCCUAUCUCCAUAAUAUAGUACCUGGACAGGUCUGUUGCACAUCCAUGGUGCAGAUUUUCCAUUCCUUCACACAGUGGUGGACGAGGAACUCAAUUAUAGUACUUGAGUAAAAGUAUUAAUACUCUUACUCAACUGCAAGUAAAAGUUGCUCAGUCAAAAAUCUCAAGUUCAAGUUCAAAGUAAUUACUUUUGAAAAGUACUUUCAGAAACCAGCUGAUGUAUUGAUGCGUGGAACCACCUGUUACCAAUUCUACACUACCUGUAAAGAACUUUAGCAUUAAGGUGCCACAAAAAAUAAGGACAGCUAUUCUGAUUUUUCUUUUUUUUUAAACACACAAAGAAGGGAAGCAGAAGUGCCUUGAUUCUCCUCAGACAUUCACUAUGGAAAAGAGGUUUAAGGUUGAUGAAUCUAUUACUAAAAAGAAACUAGAACUCUGCUUUGAGAACUCAUCCUACUGAACAACUUGGCCACAUGGCAGAGAGUAACGCCUUAAUAAAAUGUAUAAACUACAAAUAAUAUCUACCCUGAGUUUCUCACAUAGUGGAAUGUCUUUGCAUUUUUAAAACAGUGGAGUCCAAAUUCAGUCCUCAAAGGCUGCAGGUUUUAGUUCUUCUCCCUGGAGGUGCUACUACAUCCCCAGCAUGUCAAGGUUUCACAUCUGUUUGCUAAUGAAUUAACAUUUGACCGAGGUGUGUUGAAAAAGAGAGAUUACUAAAACAUUGAGGAUAUCUGUUCUUAAGGAGGAACUUUGUGAGAGACAUAAUGUGGCCAAUUGCAUUUCAAGAGAGAAAAACAGCAACAGUGGGUUGCAAAGUUAAGCUGAGCCAAAAGGAACGAGUAACAACUAGCUUCUUAGAAAUGUACUCAAGUGAAGUAAAGAUGUACUUCAGUACAGUAAUCAAUUAAAUGUACUCUGUCACUGUCCACCACUGCCAUCAUAAAGCUGCUCUGCUGAGCUGAUCAAAUUCUGUGAUCAGCUUAAAUUCUCCUCUUACCGUAUGUAUGCAGACGAUACAAUUCUAUAUUCGUUUGGACCCUCUCUAGAUGCAGUUCACGCUAAAUCAGCCUGAUUUUAUCAGCUUUCAAAAGGCUCUUUGUGAGUCACAGCGGGUCAUCAAUGCCAGUUAAACCAAAGCUAUGUUGUUUCUCAUAAUUCUGCUGUAAUAUCCCUCCUAUUAAAACCCUGGAUGGUAAUACCAUAGAAGUUGUAGAUGCAUUAUUAUUUGGCUAGACAAAGACCCUUAUUUUAAACACCAAAUUGCAUAUUUGUUUAAAAAGAAAAGCAUGCAUUUUUUUUUAAAUCACAGUUAGACUAAUGAGAAACAAUCUAUGCUGCUUGUCCAACUACUUUAGCUAAAAUGGGCCGAUUUACCAUGUUGCUCUGAGGUAUAUCACAGGUUUAUUCCCAUACGACUCACCGUUGUACUUUAUUCACUCUUGCUGGAUUUACUUCACUACAUUUUGAAGAAUGGAGGAUUGGUAUAUUUUAUAUGCAAAGCCAUUUUAUUAAAAUUACCAUCAUAUAUUUAUUAAUUUUCCUUUUCCAGAACACAUACAGUCUCAGGUCCAGUAGCUGGCUGUGGUUUAAGGUACCCUGUGUGCAUAACGGAGUAAGGAAAGCUGAGGCUAGAGCCUCUUACUCCUUUAUCUAACAAAAACUAAAAACUGGUCUUGCACCUGUAACAUUUAUUCAUGAUUUUUUUAUUGUGUUUUAUGUUUUAUUUCUUUAUAUUUUAAUGUAAAUAAUUCAACUUAACUGUUACUUUUAUGAAUAAUGUUCAUGUUUGCAUGUUGUCUUGUACCUUGUAUGUUUUUUUACUUGUUGGGCAGGACAUCCUUGUAAAAGAUAUUCCCAAUCUCAAUGGAUUUCUUUCUUGGAAAAAAUAAAGGUUAAAUUAAUAAAUUAAUAAAUCUGAUGAUA